UUAAAUCGACAAAACAGAGAGAGAGAGAGAGAAGAAACAGAGCGCCUCCCUUCGAACGCGAGCAGCGGAAACAGAGGCGGCGAAGCAAAUGGCGGAGGCCCCAAGCCAGAUCGAAUCCAUGCGGAAGUGGGUGGUCGAUCACAAGCUCCGAGCCGUAGGUUGCCUGUGGCUUAGCGGGAUCUCCAGCUCCAUCGCGUACAACUGGUCGCGGCCCAACAUGAAGACCAGCGUCAAGCUCAUCCACGCAAGGUUGCAUGCGCAAGCUCUAACGAUCGCUGCCUUAGGUAGUUGUGCAUUAGUAGAGUACUAUGAACAGAACUACGGUUCUUCAGGACCAAAGGUGGACAAAUAUACAAGGCAUUACAUGUCACACUCGCAUAAAGAUUAAUUAUCCGCAUGGUCGGUGCUGGAUCCUGGAUUAGUUUUAGGUUCUUUCCUGGGCUCCAUCAAAGGGGGCUGGCUCCCAGGAUUGUUCCUUGAAGUCUUCUUUAUUGCGAAAUGAAAUGAUACUUGCCAGGUCCUUUCCUGAGCAAUGAGGGUGCUAUACACAAUUGCAUAUAUGAUCUGCAUAACGUGAAUGUAAGAUUCAUUCUGUAACAUUAUUUUGUACUCUUUAUGAUGUUGCACUGGAUAUAACAACAGUGUUCUGAUGUUGCA